UCUCAGGUGUCAGGGGGCACAUUCAGCAGCAACUGAUCCCCCAGGAGUCUGUGAGGAAGAGGCUGCAGAGGAAGAGGAGCAGGAGGAGAUAUGGUUCAUGGUAAAAUGAAAACUGAAUGAGGUGAGACUCAUGGAGAGGAGACUAAAGAGAAGAGCAGAAGCAAUGAAGGUAGAGUUACACACAAACACUCCAGCAUCGGCUCUAGAAGUUGUUACAUAAACUCAUAGAGUGUUCAGCAUCGGAUAGAGAAGCUGCAGGACUGGUGGAGCUCAGGGAGGCAAAGCAACAAACAACCCUGCCACAUCCACACAGAAGAGGAGGAAAGAAGAGGCUGGAUGUCAGACUACAGUAAUUUCCUAAAUGUCUCACAGCUUCUGACUCCACUGACCGCUUAAAGUUUCAAGAGCACGGCUGAAGAACUUCUGGCAUGUCUGAAAGGUGUCUGAGUCAGGAUGCUAGAACAAAUAACUGACUUCCAGGGUCAGAACUUUCCCAAGCUGAGGCGGGCCUGCUUGCGUCGGGGCGCCCUCUUCAAGGACCCUUUGUUCCCCGCAACCAACCAGUCCCUCUUCUACAAACGGGCCCCCCCACCGGGGCUGACCUGGAAGAGGCCAGGAGAGAUAUGUAAGGACCCUCGUCUGUUCGUGGACGGCAUCAGCACUCGUGACUUGCACCAAGGCAGUCUGGGCAACUGCUGGAUGGUGGCAGCCAUUUCCUGCCUGGCAUCUGAGCCCUCGCUGUGGAAAAAGGUCAUCCCUGACCACGUGGGUCAGGAAUGGAACCCAAAGCGUCCCGGCCUGUACGCAGGAAUCUUCCAUUUCCGGUUCUGGCGCUUCGGCCGCUGGAYGGACGUUGUGGUGGACGACCGGCUGCCGGUCAGCGAGGACGGAAUGCUGCUCUUCUGCCGCUCAGCAACGCCGAGAGAGUUUUGGAGCGCCUUGCUGGAGAAAGCCUACGCCAAACUGAAUGGCUGCUAUGAGGCUCUGGAGGGUGGGAACACGACAGAGGCCCUCAUCGACUUCACCGGAGGGGUUUCAGAGCCGCUCAGUCUGGACUGUGAGGCCCUCAGCCUGCACAGCGACCGGAGGAAGACCCUUUUCCACACACUGUCUAAAGUCCACGAGCACAAAUCCCUCAUCACCUGCUCCAUACGGCCGGCUGAGGGGGAGACCGUGGAGUCGGUGUUGGAUUGUGGGCUCGUGCGGGGACACGCCUAUGGGAUCACAGCAGUGAGGAAGGUGAGGCAGGCGGAGAGGCUGCUGAGGACCGGCGGGACAUCCCGCCUCCUCCUGCUGCGGAUGAGGAACCCGUGGGGCACCACAGACUGGAGGGGCGCCUGGAGUCAGGGGUCGGAGCAGUGGCAACAACUGAGCCGAGCUGAGAGAGAGAAGAUGGGACUCGUUGUUCGUGAUGUUGGCGAGUUCUGGAUGGAUUUCCAGGAUUUCUGUCGCUACUUCACAGAUGUGGUGGUGUGCCGGCUGGCCGGGAGGACCCUGCUGUGGCCGAGCUCCCACUGGAGGGAGGUGAAGUGCUACGGGGAGUGGGUCCUGGCUCCCCCUCUGUCCCCUGCACCUCCUCCCACAGCGCUCCACAGCAACACCGCUCAGAGCAAAAACGUCAGGCCUGAAGGGACCCAGCAAAGGGGGAACAGAGAAGAGGCCCAGCUUGGUGAGACCCUUCGGGAGGGAGGGAAAAGAGGGAAUCACGAUCCUCGACAGGGAAGAAGCGCUGAUGGAGAAACAAACAGAUUUCAGGAGGAGCUGAUGGACCGGAGGAGUCGAUGUGGAGGCUGCAUCAACCACAGAGACACUUUUUUACAGAACCCACAGUUUAUGUUUGAGGUGCGAGGCAAAGAGGAGGAGGUGCUGAUCUGCCUGCAGCAGGAGGACAGGAGGAUGUGGAAGAGAAACGGAGGAGGAGAGAAUCUACCGAUAGGCUUUGAGGUGCUGAAGGGAGCUAAAGGAAGACCUGCCGUCCCCCUCUGUGGUGCAGUGCUUCCUGCCUCAGCCCACAGUGGUGACCACCGUCCACCUCCGCAGGGCCUCAGGACUGCAGCCCCCCAAACAGACAGCUCCAGAUGUUUACGCUGUGGUGCGAUGUGAGAGCGACACCAUCAGGACCAGAGUGUUCAGGCAGGAGGGAAACCUGGAGUUCAACCUCAGAGCCAUCUUCUACAGGCGCUACCCCGACGCUCACAUCACUGUGGAGUUGUGGAGCAGAGGUCUGCUGUGGGACUCGCUGCUCGGAGCGGCUCGACUCCAGAUCUCCGAGUCUGAAAGGACUCGGCGACACGUGAUCAGCCUGCGAGGCGGGCAGCCACGCUCAGGACCCGGGGGUCGGGUCCACGUGGAGACCUCCUCCAGCCUCCGCCUCACUGACUUGUGACGGCGCACCUGUGUGGUCGCCAUGAUAAUGCAGGGAGCUGAUAGACUGUGACAGACAGAACAUGUAGAGUUUUAUCAUAAGUUUUGUUAUAAUUUAUUAAAAAAAACAAGACAUGCAUGAAAACUACUUUUUCAUUUUCUUAUGAUUAAAUGACAAAUGGUAAGUUGUGGUCUUUUCCUUUAUUAAAAACUAUUUAACAUUAAGUUUAAUUGACAAAAAAAGACUAAAUCAAAACAAAGUUGCACAACAAUACUAACCAACAUGAAGGAAUAACAAUUAUGUGACUAAUGUUGUUCCUGAGCAAUAAUUCAACAUCUGUCGCUCGUAUUUGAAGCUCCACGAGGCUGUUCCAGAGCAAACAUUUGAUACGUGGCUCGUUUUUCUCCAACUCUUAUCUCUUUCUUUAGUUGACAGAAUUUGUUUAUCAGGAGCCGGAGCCUCACCGCCUUUGAAAGUGAAAUAUCAGCUGUAUUAGAGUGAGCUGGCAUUAAGGUUUGAAUGUUUCACUCAUGCUCAUUCAGUUAUUUCUCCUGCUCUGAAUCUGUCGGAUCACUUCUUCACUUGUAAAAGUUUUUUAAAAAAUUGGUUGUUUUACGUUUUCCUACAUUUUGGUUUGUACUCUAAUCCCUGACAUGUUCAGUGUUGCUUUCCAUAAAAACUUCAUGUGAUACUGAAAUAAUGACAACAGAAUACAGGACUUCAAAUUUUA